CAUGCGCAGUUUACUUGGGACACGCACGUCGCGUUUUAUAUUUAGAGGAGCCAAAAAGAAAAACAACUACGUUGCAGUUUGCGAUAUUCUUAAAAAGUUGUGAAGAUCCGAGGUUUUUUUUUUUUUAGAUAUACUUUACUUACUUGCAAAUGCGAACAUUCGGGGGUGAACGUUCACGUAUAACGAAUGCGUCCGAGCUAAUGCUAAAGGUUUCUAGCUAACAGGAAGCAUGUGUGGGCUUGACAGAUUUAGUUAUCGACUAUAACACAGAUUUUGUUAUCGACUAUAACAACAACUUUUAAGUAAAUGACACGGGGUUAGACUAUACGUCUGGUGAGUAAAAUGGGACGGAAGAAACAGAGCAGGUUUGUGCGCCCUGACAACAAGGGAAAAGACAAACGACACAAAGUGAAAGGGAAAACUUUAGAGGCUUUUACAGAAGAAAUGCACUCUGCAGUGGAAGCAAGUCUUCACAGAGAGGAGGAAGGAGCAGAGAGCCCUCAAGUGAAGCUACCUUGUCCUCUUGCCAUGUGGGAGCUGGGCCACUGUGACCCCAAACGUUGCACAGGCCGAAAGCUGGUCCGCAAGGGCUUUGUACGCAACCUGCGCCUCAAUCAGAGGUUUAACGGACUCAUUUUGAGUCCCAUGGGUACAAAGUAUGUGACACCAGCUGACAGGGAGAUCGUGGCCCAGAACGGGCUGGCAGUGAUUGAUUGCUCUUGGGCCAAGCUGGAAGAGACGCCCUUCAAUAAGAUGGUCGGAAGUCAUCCGCGCCUGCUGCCUUACCUCGUCGCUGCCAAUCCGGUCAACUACGGGAAGCCUUGCAAAUUAUCUUGUGUUGAGGCUUUUGCUGCCACUUUUUCUAUCGUGGGUUUCGAGGAACUGGCCGCACUCUUGUUGAAGAAAUUCAAAUGGGGGACUGUGUUCCUGGAGCUCAAUAAAGUUCUGCUGAAGCGCUAUGCUGCCUGCCAGUCAGAGGAAGAGCUGCUCACUGUCGAAAAGGACUUUCUCACCACGAAACCAGAGGAGGAGGAAAUUGAUCCGUUUGAUGUCAACUCAGGAGUGGAAUGUAUGAAUCUCAACAGACGUCACUGGGAACCUGAUGAGGAUUGUAGCGAGGGCACUGACACAUCAGAGGAUGAUGUUGAUGAUGACGACAACGACGACGAUGAUGAUGAUGACGACGACGACAACAACGAUGAUGAAGCGGAAGAUGGAAAAAAAGAACGAUGAGUCAGAAAACGUCUCACACAGAGAUGAAGUGGCAGCAGCAAAGUCGUCACAAUAAAACAGAUUUAAACUUGAUUAUUGUCAGGACUGGUGACCCAUUAUGGAAGCCUCAAACGCUCAUAAAUGUUUAACAUGAUAAAAAGUACAUUUUGGCUAGUUUGUAUGUCCUUUGUAAAUUAUCUUUACUGUUGUUGUAUGUACAAUAACAACACUGUUAUUGUACAUAAAUAGAAAGUAUCUGUACUUGAGAAUUUAUUUGUUUGAUGUUUUCCUUUUACUCCCGACAUUAGAAACUAGUAUUGGGCUUUCUCGACCUUAAUCACCUUUGACACUGUAAAAAAAAAAAAAAACGGGGAACUUU